ACUACUAGCCUUUCUUCUUUCUCCAGCUCCCGCCUUCUCCAUAUUCCUUUUUUUCUUUCUUUUUUUUUUUUUUAAGAGUUCCCAAUUUUCACAACAGAAUUUUCAAUUGAAAAGUACAUAUGUCACCUUAGUUGAAUAUUCCUUCCAGCUGCCACAAAAGCUCAGCCUGAAAAACAGUUGGCCGGUGGUUCCAAGCCCGUCGGAGAGACUACGCCGGUGACCUAUCAGUGAGACCCAUCUCCUUCUUUGUUCUCAAAUAUAAUUCUUUGCAGUUUUUCGAGUGAAGCUGUGAAGGUUUACAAGAAUUAAUGAGAGUACUGCACACUGAGGUUCUAUGCUGGUAACUCGAGAAGAUGGCAAAUCAAGGUCAUACCAUAUUCCUCGAGGACUGGUUAUAUCAGAACAGUGGUAUUGGUGACACUAUAAGUUCCAGAAAGUCUUCUUUCUUAUCUGCCCAAGCCAUCAUCCAAGCUUGGACUGAUCUUAGGGACUCACUUCAAUCACAGUCUUUUGAACCUCAUCAUCUGCAAUCUUUGAAAAUCCUCUGUGGCUCUCAGAAUGUCCUUUAUGUUGCAGAUCCUCAGGCAAAGCUUCUACUUUCAAUUCUAUCCUUACCUAAUGUCUCUCUUCCACCUGAGUCGUAUCCUCUCUUUCUUAGGCUGCUGUAUAUAUGGGUCAGGAAAUCUUCCAAACAGUCUUUGAUUAUGAUUGACUCAACGGUUGAGGUUCUGUCAGACAUUUUCUCUGAGAAAUUCUACAUCAACAAAAGCUCAAGUUUCUUUUCUGAAGGUGUUCUCCUUUUGGGAGCUAUUUCUUUUGUACCUUCUGUAUCUGAAAAAUCCAAAACAUUCUGCUUGGAGUUGCUCUGCAAGCUAGUGGAACAGGAAUAUCAAAUGAUUGGUGUAUUGGAAGGAGUUCUACCCAAUGUUUUAGGGGGAAUUGGUUAUGCUUUAUCUUCUUCUGUGAAUGCCUAUUUUGUUUCAAUUUUAGACUUCCUUUUUGAGAUAUGGGAGAAACAGGAUGGUCCAUCUGCUAGUGUUCCUUAUGGGCUCAUGAUACUGCAUAUGGUUGAGUGGGUUCUAUCUAAUUGCAUAAACUCGCAUUCCACAGACAAAGCAGAUCUUUUUAGGAGGGUGAUGUUGGUAAAUAGGAAGCCCUCUUAUUCUUCAUUUGCCUUGGUCAUGGCUGCAGCUGGUGUUCUGAAGGUUCUCAAUAGAUCUGGAUCAAAUGAUUUUAUGCCUUUAAAAGUUUCUGCGGAGGAGCUGAUUGGAACAAUGGCAACAGACCUUGUAGCUAGAACUGGAGGUGUUAAUGCUUCUGGCACUGAACUUAGAGACAGUGUUCUCCUACAAUGUAUAUCCCUAGGUGCAGCUCGUAGUGGCUCCAUUUCCUAUUCUGCUUCUCUUCUUUUAUGCCUUGCUUUAGCAUUAUUAGGUGAGAUUUUCCCUUUGGUGCGCAUGUACCAGAAGAUGCUUGAUUUGUCUGUUGGCAGUUUCGAAGGACUUUUGGUUAAUGAGGUUAAAGAGCAUCUAGCCAGUACUAGUUUUAGGGAAGCAGGGGCUAUAACUGGGGCAUUUUGCAAUCAGUAUGUCUCAGCUGAUGAAGAAACCAAGAACAGUAUUGAAAAUCUUAUCUGGGAGCACUGUCAGGAGAUCUACUUGCAGCAUCAACAUGUUGCUUUUGUAUAUCAAGGUGUCAAGAGUGGGCUCCUUGGAGAUUUGGAGAAAAUUGCUGAAUCUGCUUUCCUUAUGGUUGUGCUUUUUGCACUGGCAGUCACAAAGUAUAGGUUAGGCCCUAAUAGUAGCCAAUAUACUCGCUUGACGCUUUCAGUUAGGAUAUUGGUUUCUUUUUCUUGCAUGGAAUAUUUCCGAAGGAUGCGUUUGCCUGAGUAUAUGGAUACAAUAAGAGCAGCUGUAGUAAGUGUUCAGGAGAAUGAAUCAGCUUGCGUCUCAUUUGUAAAAUCCAUGCCAUCUUAUAGCGAUUUGACAAGUAAACAUGCAGGUUUUUCCAACUUGCAGAAAAUGGAGUAUCUAUGGUCCAAUGACGAUGUACAGACAGCUCGGAUCUUAUUUUACUUGCGGGUUAUCCCGACUUGCAUUGAGCAUUUACCGACCUCUUUAUUUAGGAAGGUGGUGGCUCCAACUAUGUUUCUAUAUAUGGGACAUCAAAAUGGAAAAGUGGCUAGAGCUUCACAUUCAAUGUUUGUGGCAUUCAUUUCAUCCGGCAAGGAUCCUAACCAGGAAGAAAGAGCUUCAUUGAAGGAGCAACUUGUCUUCUACUACAUGCAGAGAUCUUUAGAGGGGUAUCCAGGGAUCACCCCUUUUGAAGGAAUGGCUUCUGGAGUUGCUGCAAUUGCUCGACAUCUUCCUGCUGGUAGCCCAUCAAUCUUUUACUGCAUUCAUGGUCUCGUUGAAAAAGCUAGUAGUAUGUGUGGUGCAGUCAACAGUGAGGACACUGAGUUGCAGAAGAUUAGGGAAGGAGGGUGGGAACUGUGUCAGAAAAUGGUAGAGUUGCUUUUACGGCUGCUUUCUUUGGUCGACAUACAGGUUCUACCGACUUUAAUGAAGCUGUUGGCACAGCUGAUUGUCCGACUACCUAAAGAUGAACAAAAUGUGGUCCUCGACGAGUUAUUUCAACAUGUUGCAGAAUCUGAUGAUGUUACUCGGAAACCAACAUUGGUUUCAUGGCUACAGUCACUGUCUUAUCUAUGUUCUCAGGAUACUGGUGAAAGAGGAACAGAUAUUAAAUCUGCAGAAAAUGCUGCUCCUUUGAAUCUGAAUGGAAUCAGUUCACGACUUUAAUUAUUGUUCUUUGUCCUCCCCCCUCCCCUCUUCUAUCCUCCUCCCUCCCUCCCUCCCUCCCUCCCUUCCCUGCAAGCAAGCAUUUAGUGGUAGCGGAGAAAUGGGGCAAGGAGAUUUAAACCCCUUCCCUGUUCGUGUAGCAGAGACUGGAAUGGAGGCUGCCGGGCAAGCCUAGUAAUAUAUUAUCGGAUAAGUGCUUUGCUUAUAAGAAUAGGUCUAAUGGGCUUUCCCAUGCACUGUAUUUUCUGUUGUGUAAAUUCAAGAAAUAUUACAGUAAUGAAAGUUUUCAACUUAAGAUAA